AUGAAGUUUUACACAGUAUUGUUAUGUGUCGCCUGCGAAGACGAAAGCAAGCCAAAGCUCAUGGUGUGGAACCCGUAUUUGGAGCAAAAGAGAUGGAUCCCACAAUCCAAUAAAGGUUUAGACCGAGAAGACAUGUUUGCUUUCGGAUACGACAACAACAACAAGAAUCGCAACCACAAAAUCUUAAGGAUUUUCGAAAAACUUUUCAAGGACAAAGGCGUCUGGGAAGCUCAAAUUUCCUGUUUAGAAUUGUAUGAUUUAAAUUCUAAUUCAUGGAGGGUUCUUGAUCUCAAACCAUAUUUUUAUAUAGAUUGUUGUGAAUGCAUCACGUCUUUAGAGGGAAAUGCUUACUUUGUUGCUCAAGCGGUAUCAACACAGGAUGAAGAUGAGAAACGCUUUUUACUCUGUUUUGAUUUUACAACUGAGAGCUUUGGUCCGCGACUGCCUCUGCCGUUUCACUCUAAGGGAGAAGUUCUGACUUUGUCUUGUGUUAGAGAAGAGAAAGAGCAGCUCGCUGUCUUAUGGCAAUAUGACGAGGAAUUAGAGCUUUGGAUUACGACUAACGUUUUGCCAAAUGCAGUAUCAUGGAGCAAGUUUUUCAAAGUGGAGAUCACACCUCUCAAUAGUUUUCCGGAUGAGUUUUGGUAUAACUUUGAUAAUGGGAGCUUCUUCAUUGACGAGGAGAAAAAAGUCGCUGUGGUUUUUUUUGAAUACUAUAAGGAGGAUAAAGAUGAAAUUGAAUAUGAUCCAAACAAGGAGAUAGUACAGCAAGGAGCUUACAUCAUUGGAGAAAACCGAAGCUUCAAAUUUGUGGAUCUCGGAGAAGCUUGGAAACCUGUAGUUUGCAAACCACUUGUGUUCUCAUCUUAUGUUCCAAGUUUAGUGCAAGUAGAAUUCAACCAACGGGGAAAAUGA